GCAAACCACUCCCAGCAUAGUAGUUUGGUUCAUUGGCGUGACACCGACACCGGUCUGACAUUGUUUUUAUUUUUCAUCUUUUUUUUUUUGUUGCCCAUCGGUAUGUGUCGCAGAAGACCGCAUUUUGAUUGGCCAAAUGAUCGGGCGCAAGGUGGAUUCCUCGUGCCACAACUGAGAGCGGCGCAGCACGCGUCUUAUUCCAGACCUUUUCUUGACGCGCUGUUAGGCAUUAAUUCCGUUUAACAGAAAAUAUGCAGAGAUUGAGAUCCCUUAUGAACGUUUCAUACUGACGUAAUUUCAACGUUGGAGGCUAAUAGGUUUGGUUAGAUGGCAGCACAUAAAAACUUGAUAAAUGCAGCCUCCAACCGAACGGAAAACGAUCGUGACUGACCGCAGUCUUUGAAAGUUGCAGUAUCUUUUUUUCUGUUGUCGCCUGCAUUUCCGAACAUCCGCGACAACGUACUGCCCAGAACAUCUACAAACGGGAGUCAAAUUGCGCUUACAGUUAGGCUAUAGUAUUAACCUUUACCUUAUACUGUCAUAAUGCGCUACUGUGCCGGGGGUUCCUACGCUUGGCUCUGAUUUCGAGUCCAAAUUGUGCCCUAUAUUUUUGGCGGCUCUGAGCUCCUUGUUCUUUGCAGCACAGAUUGACAAAUAGACUACAUUGUUGUGUGAAACAGCGACGUUUCCAGUUUUAUUUCUGUUCGCUGUAGAUUAUAAAACCAAAACGCAUCCACGGUUUCUAGCCUGGGCUGUCUCUUUAAGACAACGAUACUGUGAGUGUCUGAUUAAUUCAAUGUAGCGCGAUGCGUUAGCGGAGAGAAACCUAUUUUCUGCUGUUGCUGUGGAUGUACGACUGAAAGAGGGACGUUAAACCGGGGAAUCCUCCGAUUGGCUAUCAAUACCGCAUUUUUCUCGCGGAAUACAGAAAAUGGUUGCGUUAUAAUAUUUUUAAAUAAGUUAUGUUAAUAUAUAUAUGUAAUAAUUACCAUGGUAUCAGGAUGAUUUGAAAUCAGACCGCCUAACAGAAAGCCCUCUUCAUUUCACAUUAUUUGUUGAAAGAAAAAAAAAAAAAUUAGGAUACUUAGAAAUCGCACAGGCUGAAACGGGGCGAGACGAGGGAGGUUGAACAAAGAAAAACGGUAUAGCUUCACGAGAUGUCGUCGGAAAAACACGGAGGUUACCAAGGUUUGGAAGAUGCCGGAAGGCAGACCCUCCCCCAGCAGAUGGGCCCGAUGCCGCCGCCCCCGUACCUGCCCUCCCAGGACCCCAACAUGCCCCAACACCCCCCGCCGCCCAUCUGCGGCCCCCAGCCCAACUACCCCGCUCCCCCACCUCCGCCCUCCGAGGGGUACCUGCAGGAGACCCAGUUCCACUGUGGCCCCACGGGGGCCCCUGGGCCGCCCCAGGGGUACACGGUGCAGACGCAGGGCCCCGGGGGGGCUGUCGCUCACCCCCCUGCGGGGUAUCUUCACCCGGGAUACCCCCUCCAGCUGCAGCCCUGCACCGCCUACGUCCCUGUGUACCCCAUCGGGGCAUCGGGUCAGCCCUACCUGCCGGGGGGUGGACCCCACCCAGGAGUUGCCCCGGGGCAGAUGGUUGCCCCGGGGCAGAUGGCCAUGCAGAUGCCCCCGGGUAUUGCCCUGAUGGAGCCGCGGCGACCACCACACGACUACCUGCCCAUCGCUGUGCUCACCACCGUCUGCUGCUUCUGGCCCACUGGCAUUAUCGCCAUUAUCAAGGCUGUGCAGGUGCGCACAGCGGUGGCGCGGGGGGACAUGGUUUCGGCGGAGAUCGCGUCUCGUGAGGCGCGGAACUUCUCCUUCAUCAGCCUGGCGGUGGGCAUCGCCUCCAUGGUGCUGUGCACCAUCCUCACCGUGGUGGUCAUCAUCGCCUCGCAGCACCAUGACGACGACUGGGAACCCUGA